AGUUUCUCUGCGGCAUGUGGGAUCUUCCUGGACCAGGGCUCGAACCCGUGUCCCCUACAUUGGCAGGUGGAUUCCCAACCACGGCACCACCAGAGAAGCCCUGCCACUCACUCUUAAGUCUUGUCUUCCUCCUUUGUUUUUGUUUUGUUUUUUUGGUUUUGGUUUGGUUUUUUGGCCGCGCCGCAUGGCAUGCGGCUUCCCACAUGGCGGGAUCUUUAGUUGCGGCAUGUGAAAUCUUAGUUGCAGCACGUGGCAUCUAGUUCACUGACCAGGGAUCAAACCUGGGCCCCCUGCAUUGGGAGCACAGAGACUUAGCCACUGGACCACCAGGGAAAAGUCCCUACCUACUCAUUCUUGAUAGUCCUCUUGUUUUCACUUUUCAGUCCUCAUUUAUUUCUUAAAUCAUAUUACAUACACUUAUAUGUUGUUUUUAAAAGAGGCAGUAUAAUUGUAGUAUAGUGUAGUAUAGGGAUGGACUGUUUACCCCAAUUAUGUUCAAAUCCUGGGUCCACUGGAAUAUCCUAUGGAAUCUUGGCUAAGUUAUUUCCUGUGCCUCAGUUACCUCAUUUGUAAAAUGGAAUCAAUAAUAGUAUUUACUUCAUAGGGUGUUGUGAGAAUUAUGGAUUAAUAUAUGUUAAAGUGCUUAGAGCACUACCCAAAGUAUAUUAGCUACUCAAAUUAUCAUUAAUAUGUCCAAUAUGUGAUCUCUUGCUUGUUUCUAUGAGUGUUUUUGUUUCAGCUAACUCAUUCAUGGUGGAUUAUGAUUUUUUUAAUAUUUAUUAAUUUAUUUGGCUGCGCAGGGUCUUAGCUGAGGCACGAGGGAUCCUUAGUUGCAGCAUGUGGGAUCCAGUUCCCUGACCAGGGAUCAAACCCGGGCCCCCCGCACUGGGAUCUCAGAGUCCUAACCACUGGACCAUCAGGGAAGUCCCAAUAUUUUUUUUUUUUUUUUUGCGGUACACGGGCCUCUCACUGUUCUGGCCUCUCCCGUUGUGGAGCACAGGCUCCGGAUGCUCAGGCUCAGCAGCCAUGGCUCACGGGCCCAGCCGCUCUGUGGCAUGUGGGAUCUUCCCGGACCAGGGCACGAACCCGUUUUCCCUGCAUCGGCAGGCGGACCCUCAACCACUGUGCCACCAGGGAAGCCCCCCCAAUAUUUUUGAUAACAGCUUUACUGAAAUAGAAUUCACAUACCAUACAAUUACCCAUUUAAUGCGUACAAUUAGUUUAGCUAUAUUCACAGAGUUGUGCAGCCAUCACCACACAAUCAAUUUUAGAACAUUUUCAUCCUCCUAAAAAGAAACGCCAUAGCUUUCAGCCAUCAUUCCCCAACUUUCCCAGACGUACACAACCACUAAUCUACCUCCUAUCUCUAUAGAUUUGCCUGUCCUGGACAUUUCAUAUAAAUGGAAUCACACAAUAUGUGACCUUUUGUAACUGGAUUCUUUCCCUUAGCAUAAUACUUUCAAGGUUCAUCCAUGUUGUAGCAUACAUUGGUACUUCAUGCCAUCUUAUGGCCAUAUGAUACUUGAUUGUAUGGACAUACCACCUUCUAUUUAUAUAUUUCAUCAGAAUCUAACACCACAUAGAAAAACUAAGUCAAAUUAGAUCAAAGACUUAGAUGUAAGACCUAAAAUUAUAAAACUCUUAGGGACUCCCCUGGUGGUCCAGUGGUUAAGACUCCACACUCCCAAUGCAGGGAGCCUGGUUUCAAUCCCUGGUCAGGGAACUAGAUUCCACAUGCUGCAACUACAGGAGGCCACAAAUCGCAACUAAAAGAUCCUGCAUGCAGCAGCGAAGAUCCCACAUGCCACAACUAAGACCUGGCACAGCCAAAUAAAUAAGUAAAUAUUUAAAUAAAUAAAAUUAUAAAACUCUUAGAAGAAAAUAGAGGGUAAAAUCUUAACAUUGGAUUUGGUAAUUAUUUCUUGGAUAUGACACCAAAGGCACAAGCAACAAAAGAAAAAAAUAGACAAAAUGAACUACAUGAAGAAUUUUUAAUUUUGUUCAUUCUAAAGACACUGAGUAAAAAGGCAACCUAGAGAAUGGGAGAAACAUUUGCAAAUAAUUUAUCUGAUAAGGGAUUAAUAUCCAGAAUAUAUAGAGGACUCCUAGAACUCAACAACAUAAAGAGAAAAAAAAAUCAAUUUAAAAAUGAACAAAGGACUUGAACGGACAUUUCUCCAACGAGGAUAUACAAAUGGCCAAUAAGCACGUAAAAAGAUGCUCAACAUCGCUAAUCAUUAGGGAGAUACAAAUCAAAACUAUGAACCAGAUACCACCUCGUAUGCAUUAGGAUGGCCAUUAUCAAAGAAAACAAAGUAAAAGAUGUUGGUGAGGAUGUGGAGAGAUUGGAAGCUUUGUGCAUUGUUGGUGGGAAUGUAUUCAAUAAAAAGGUAUGUCCGCUGUGGAAAACAGUAUGGCAAUUCUUCAAAAAAUUAAAAACAAUUACCAUAUGAUCCAGCAAUUCCACUUCUGGGUAUAUAUCCAAAAGAACUGAAAGCAGAAUCUUGAAAGGAUAUUUGUACAUCCAUGUUCAUAGCAGCAUUAUUCACAAUAACUGAAAUGUGAAAGCAACCCAAGUGCCCAUCAAGAGAUGAAUGGAUAAGCAAAAUGUGGUAUAUACAUACAAUAGAAUGUUAUUCAGCCUUAAAAAGGAAGGAAAUUCUGACAUAUACUACAACAUGCAUGAAACUUUAGGACAUUAUAUGAAGUGAAAUAAGCCAGGCACAAAAAGACAAAUACUGGGAUUUCCCUGGUGGUCCAGUGGUUAGGACUCUGUGCUUCCACUGCACUGGGCACAGGUUCGAUCCCUGGUCAGGGAACUAAGAUCCUGUGGGCUGCACAGCGCAGCCAAAAAAAAAGACAAAUACUGACAUGAUUUCAUAGAGACAGAAGGAAGAAUGGUAUUUGCCGGGGGCUGGGGCUUAUGAAUCUAAAUGUGUGUUUCUGAAGAUAUCUUGACUAACUCACUAGGACCAUAGUGCAAAUACUGUUGAUUGCUGUGCAUUUGUCAAUGUACUAGGCAGUUGCCUUGCAUUAUCAGGUACUUGCAUUGUCUCAUUUAAUUCUUACGACAACUAUUUAGGUGAGGACUGUUAAUCCCACUAACCUGUUUGAUAAAACUGAAACACAGAGAGUUUCAGUAUCUUACCCAGGUCAGACAGCUCAUAGGACAGAGCUGAAAGUAACUCUAAAGGCUUUGUCUUCAGGGAGAUCAGCUUGUGCUUUGUGACCACCUAGAGGGGUGGGAUAGGGAGGGUGGGAUAGGGAGGGUGGGAGGGAGAUGCAAGAGGGAGGAGAUAUGGGGAUAUAUGUAUAUGUAUGGCUGAUUCACUUUGUUUUACAGCAGAAACUAACACACCAUUGUAAAGCAAUUAUACUCCAAUAAAGAUGUUAAAAAAAAAAAAGGCUGUUUUCCCAGAAAUAUAGAUCAAUGGAACAGGAUAGAAAGCCCAGAGAAAAGCCCAUGCAUAUAUGGUCACCUUAUUUUUGAUAAAGAAGGCAAGAAUAUACAAUGGAGAAAAGACAGCCUCUUCAAUAAGUGGCGCUGGAAAAACUGGACAGCUACAUGUAAAAGAAUGAAAUCAGAACACUCCCUAACACCAUACACAAAAAUAAACUUAAAAUGGAUUAAAGACCUAAAUGUAAGGCCAGACACUAUAAAACUCUUAGAGGAAAACAUAGAACACUCUACGACAUAAACCUCAGCAAGAUCCUUUUUGACCCACCUCUUAGAGAAAUGGAAAUAAAAACAAAAAUAAACAAAUGGGACCUAAUGAAACUUAAAAGCUUUUGAACAGCAAAGGAAACCAUAAAUAAGACAAAAAAAACAACCCUCAGAAUGGGAGAAAUAUUUGCAAAUGAAGCAACUGACAAAGGAUUAAUCUCCAAAAUUUACAAGCAGCUCAUGUAGCUCAAUAUCAAAAAAACAACCCAAUCCAAAAAUGGGCAGAAGACCUAAAUAGACAUUUCUCCAAAGAAGAAAUACAGAUUGCCAACAAACACAUGAAAGAAUGCUCAACAUCACUAAUCAUUAGAGAAAUGCAAAUCAAAACUACAAUGAGGGGCUUCCCUGGUGGCGCAGUGGUUGAGAGUCCGCCUGCCGAUGCAGGGGACACGGGUUCGUACCCCGGUCUGGGAAGAUCCCACAUGCCCCGGAGCGGCUGGGCCCGUGAGCCAUGGCCGCUGAGACUGCGCGUCCGGAGCCUGUGCUCCGCAACGGGAGAGGCCACAACAGUGAGAGGCCCGCAUACCACAAAAAAAAAAACUACAAUGAGGUAUCCCCUCACACCAGUCAGAAUGGCCAUCAUCAAAAAAUCUAAAAACAAUAAAUGCUGGAGAGGGUGUGGAGAAAAGGGAACUCUCUUGCACUGUUGGUGGGAAUGUAAAUUGAUACAGCCACUAUGGAGAACAGUAUGGAGGUUCCUUAAAAAACUAAAAUAGAACUACCAUACGACCCAGCAAUCCCACUACUGGGCAUAUACCCUGAGAAAACCAUAAUUCAAGAAUAGUCAUGUACCACAAUGUUCAUUGCAGCUCUACUUACAAUAGCCAGGUCAUGGAAGCAACCUAAGUGUCCAUCAUCGGAUGAAUGGAUAAAGAAGAUGUAGCACAUAUAUACAAUGGACUAUUACUCAGCCAUGAAAAGAAACGGAAUUGAGUUAUUUGUAGUGAGGUGGAUGGACCUAGAGUCUGUCAUACAGAGUGAAGUAAGUCAGAAAGAGAAAAACAAAUACCGUAUGCUAACACAUAUAUAUGGAAUCUAAAAAAAAAAAAAAAAAAAUGGUUCUGAAGAACCUAGGGGCAGGACAGGAAUAAAGACACAGACGUGGAGAAUGGACAUGAGGACACGGGGAGGGGGAAGGGUAAGCUGGGAUGAAGUGAGAGAGUAGCAUGGACAUAUAUACACUACCAAACGUAAAAUAGAUAGCUAGUGGGAAGCAGCCACAUAGCACAGGGAGAUCAGCUCCUUGCUUUGUGACCACCUAGAGGGGUGGGAUAGGGAGGGUGGGAGGGAGAUGCAAGAGGGAGGAGAUAUGGGGAUAUAUGUAUAUGUAUAGCUGAUUCACUUUGUUAUACAGCAGAAAAUAAUACACCAUUGUAAAGCAAUUAUACUCCAAUAAAGAUAUUAAAAAAUAAAUAAAUAUAAAUAAAUAAAGGCUGUGUUUUCCCUGUGGCCCAAUACCGCCCGUGAUGUUUAAGCAUAGGGAGAAUACUGAGGCUCAGACUGGGAUGGCUGUGGGAUGGCGAGGAUGCAGGCUGCAUCUCCUGCUUUGUGGGGCCACCUGGAGCAGCCUCAGUCUUGGCACCCCUCUCACCAGGAGGGGAGAGCUUGCUUGGCACAAAGCACCCGGCCUAGACAGAUGUGUUCCGUCCCUAACUGAGGGCACAGCUGACAGAUGAAAGGGAGCCUGAAGAAUUCAGUAAUGAUGACAGAGCUGGGAGGACAGUUACCAUCCACUGGCCCUGUCCCCUCACACCUUUAAGCCCCAGUCUCUUGCAGAUCCUGACCUGGCAUCUCUGUACCCUCCAAUCCCCCAAGUUGGGCCUGAGCAUGGGUGCUACCUUACAGAAUUUGAAUAAUUCAGGUCCCAGUGACCUGAGGUGUCAGUUUCAGUUGCUCUGUUCCCAUGGACACAGGUGUCCCAACUCUGUAAUUAAGCUAAUGAAAGGGAAAGGGGGCACGGCCUUCUGUCCUGUGCCUCAGAAGGCUCAGGGCUGAUGGAGUCCCUGUCCCUGUCUUGCUGAGAAUGCGCCAGGCUCCCCCAGAGUCAGGUGUGGGGAAGGGCUUGAGGAAGUCAAGGGGGCUGAAAUAGAGGCAGGAGAAAGGAAGAGAGAGAGGAAGACCAGAGUCAGGGAGGCAGAGACCAAGAAAGAGUUACAGAGGGACGGCUAGAAGGAAAUCGAGACAGAGAGGCUGAGUGAGAGGUAAAGGGGGUGGGGGGCGAAGAACAGGGCAGAGGCAGAGGCCAGAAGAGAAGGAGAAACAGUAGAUGCCAAGGCCCAAGGACUAAAAUCCCAGGGCAGGUACAAAUAGCAGGGUCAAGGAACUGGAAGGGCUGCAGGACUCCCUGCAGGGUAGUUGGACUCAACAGAGAUCCCAGUCUUCCUUCUGCCUUGCAGGGACUGUCUACACCAUCCUUGCCAGCAGGGCCUGAUGCUGCCGUAGGUCAGGCCAGGAGGCUCCUGUCCAGAGACCUGCCCUUCCUCUGGCUGCGGCAAGGCCAUGGGGCCCGGCAGCCACCGCCUCAGCCUCAGCAUCUCUGUCUCCAGUCUGGGCCUUCUGCUUCUGCUCCCACUCCUGCCAGAGUGCUUCGGAGCUGAGGGCAGGCUGGCACACAAGCUGUUCCGAGACCUCUUUGCCAACUACACAAGUGCCCUGAGACCUGUGGCAGACACAGACCAGGCUCUGAACGUGACCCUGGAAGUGACGUUGUCCCAGAUCAUCGACAUGGAUGAGCGGAACCAGGUGCUGACCCUGUACCUGUGGAUCCGACAGGAGUGGACAGAUGCCUACCUACGAUGGGACCCUGACGCCUAUGGUGGCCUGGAUGCCAUCCGCAUCCCCAGCAGUCUCGUGUGGCGACCGGACAUCAUACUCUAUAACAAGGCGGAUGCGCAGGCGCCAGCCUCAGCCAGCACCAACGUGGUCCUGCGGCACGACGGCGCCGUGCGCUGGGACGCGCCGGCCAUCACGCGCAGCUCGUGCCGCGUCGACGUGUCGGCCUUCCCAUUCGACGCGCAGCGCUGCGGCCUGACGUUCGGCUCGUGGACGCACGGCGGGCACCAGCUGGACGUACAGACGCGCGGCGCCGCCGCCAGCCUGGCCGACUUCGUGGAGAACGUGGAGUGGCGUGUGCUGGGCAUGCCGGCCCGGCGGCGCGUGCUCACCUACGGCUGCUGCUCCGAGCCCUACCCGGACGUGACCUUCACGCUGCUGCUGCGCCGCCGCGCCGCCGCCUACGUGUGCAACCUGCUGCUGCCCUGCGUGCUCAUCUCGCUGCUGGCGCCUCUCGCCUUCCACCUGCCCGCCGACUCGGGCGAGAAGGUGUCGCUCGGCGUCACCGUGCUGCUGGCGCUCACGGUCUUCCAGCUGCUCCUGGCCGAGAGCAUGCCGCCGGCCGAGAGCGUGCCGCUCAUCGGAAAGUACUACAUGGCCACCAUGACCAUGGUUACCUUCUCCACAGCGCUCACCAUCCUUAUCAUGAACUUGCAUUACUGUGGUCCCAGUGCCCGCCCAGUGCCAGCCUGGGCUCGGACCCUCCUGCUGGGACGCCUGGCGCGGGGCCUGUGUGUGCGGGAACGAGGGGAGCCCUGUGGGCAGUCUAGACCUCCUGAGUCAUCCCCCAGCCCCCAGCCUCCUGACAGAGAAGCUGGCCCACCAGCAGGCCCUUGCCAUGAGCCUCGGUGUCUGUGCCAUCAGGAAGCCCUGCUGCGCCAUGUAGCCACCAUCACCAACACCUUCCACAGACACAGGGCUGCCCAGCGCUGCCAUGAGGAGUGGAAGCGCCUGGCCCGUGUCAUGGACCGUUUCUUCCUGGGCAUCUUCUUCUCCAUGGCUCUGGUGAUGAGCCUUCUCGUGCUGGUGCAGGCCCUGUGAGUCCCAGGGGUCUGCU